AUGGCCGGCUUCACUUCCACACUGCCCCGCACGCUUCUAUCUCCAUCUCUAUACACCCAUGUACACAAUGUUUGGUUUCAAGGCGUAGCACCUCAUGCCAAGAUUGCCUCACGAGAAGUAAUGACGUGUUGGUUCGGCCAGGGAUCCCCGGAAGACCGUCGAGCAUUUGACGACGCCUGCACGAAAGAGUUCGCGGCCGCUCUAGAGUCCAUCGGACCCGAAAAGUUCCCUCUUCCGCCUUCGAACAGCUUUUCAGAGGAGUCUGCCACAGCCGAAAACAUUGCGGGUCCAUUGAUGCAAAGCAUCAACACCUCGGACGGAGAAACCAAGAGCAUGCAGACACUUGCACUCAUUCUCCUGCUCGAUCAAAUACCCCGAAACAUAUUCAGGACACGCAAGGCCGUCAUCUACACGCAUUACGAUCGGCUUGCAGGGGCAGUUCUCCGCAGCCUCAUGAGUGCUGAAUCGCGCCCUGACAUGCAUUCCUCGCUCCGAUUGGCGCCUGCGCAACGUAUGUGGUUUUAUAUGCCGCUGAUGCACUCCGAACAUAUUGAAGACCACGAGACACACAUCAAAGUUGUCAGCGAGAUGCAAGAAGAGUUUCGAGAGCAGGGGGACAAGCAGAGCGAGGACUAUAUCGAGGACAGCCUAGAGUUCGAGAAGACGCAUAAGCAUCUGAUCGAGCGGUUUGGGAGGUAUCCGCACCGUAAUGCGCAGCUGGGCAGAUCGAUGACGAAAGAAGAGGAGGAAUACCUUCGAAGCGGAGGAGAACACUUCGGAACCGCAGUGUGA